AUGAUCAUGACGGCCACCAAGGUUGUCAUGGCUUUGAUACGUGAUGAGUGCCCCGAUCUGUAUGCCGUGCGCGACGCGGUAAAGUCCCUGACCUUGCAGCUGGAACUCCUCCAGAACGACCAGGAAAUGCACUUUGAGCUGGCGAAAAACGUACCCCUGUUGCUUGACAAUUGUCUCUGCGUCCAGAAUGACCUGGAUGAGCUCAAGCGCGAGUACCUGGCAAACUCGACACAGUGGACCAUCAGCGGCCGGAAAAAGCUUGCCAGUCUUCAGAGUCGACUAGAAACGCUCACAGGUUCCUGUGAAGUGAUAUUCCAGGGACUGAAUAUCGAGCAGUCGCGAUUGUGGAAAAAAUCCUUUGACAACAUGAUGGAACAUUCCAAACAAGGCAGCACGAUGCUCUCGCUCUAUCCGGAAGCAGAAUCCGCGAAUGCAGCAAAGAGGGCGCCAGCCGGAGACAUGGAGGCAUUGCCUCACGGCAGUGGCGCUCACACGGCGGCACCCCGAAAAGCCAGGACAUGGAGAAGCGACGAGGCAAGCCCGGGCUCCGGGGUCACGAAGGCCGGUGCAGAAAGUACAGAGUCCGGCUCAGUUGCCGGCAGAAACCUCAUGGAUGCCGCGCAUCUACGCGCCUUGGGCGGCCUCGCUCGUCGCUCCGUCGGACCUGCUGAAUCGACGCUCGAGGAGUGCAACCAGAUAGUGCAGGCAUUGAUGGACUUGCAAUCCAAGCAUGAGAAGCUCCUGGACAACGACCCCGGCGCGCAAAUGGCCGUGGACGGCGCCAUUGCCGCGCUUCAAGCGGCACUGGAUCGAGUGAAGCCCAGGGUCGAGUCUUGCGCCAAGGACCCGGGCAGGCCGUUGAAGAGCCUUGUCAAACAAAUCAAGUGGUUGUCCUACGACGGAAACACGUUCAAGAAGCACCUCCCGGACAUGGUGGACAAGUAUGACAAGGCGCUACUUCAGAUGGGCUCCUUGGAACGGAUGGCUGCCGACGCCGCGAGUCGAGAGGCGGCUGACAUGCGUCGGCAGAGGGAAAAAAUGGUCGAAAAGGAGGCUGAGGGUAUUGAGCGCUUGAGUGCUGUCGUGGGUCGUUAG